ACAGAGCAGCGUGACCUUUACUCAUUCUGUUGUGGAUGCCUCUGACACAGGCAGAUACACAUGUGGCCUCUGCUCUGGCUUCUGCAGGAGUAGCUCCAUCAGUAUCACUGUGGUUGUACUACAGAAGCCAAGUCUUUCACUGGAAACCAGCAAAGAGGUUUCUUGGGGUCAGUCUGUCCAGAUGAGGUGCUCCAUCUCUACACAGCACCUGGGUGGUACAUUCACUCUACAGCAGCUCUCUGGGUCACUUAGAGAACUAAACAGCUUCUAUCAAAACUCUGCCCUCUUCACCAUUCCUCAAGUGGACUUUAUCCACAAAGGAGACUACUACUGCUGGUAUCGAACAAGGGUUUCCAGUCGUAAAUUCACAUCCCCGCAAAGUGAUACUGUCAGCCUCUCCGUAAUAGUGGUGCUUGUGCAGCCCAACAUCUCUCUCAGUGCCCCAGAUGGAGGGCUGUUCUGGGGGCCUCAGGGGCCAGAGGUGACCAGGGGCCACAGCCUCUCCCUCAUCUGCUCUACUGAGCCACAGCACCAAGGAGGCUCCUUCCACCUCAUCUUUGAUGGGUCUAACAGGACCAGGACUCAGCUUGCCAUCAACCACUCAGCCUCCUUCUACAUUCCUGAGGCAGACUACUCCCACCAGGGCAACUACAGCUGUGUCUAUGAGGUCACUGUGUCCAGCCACACCUUCAAUUCAACACAGACAGCACCACUGACAGUCAUCGUAAGAGCAUCCCUGGUUCCCAUUGUAGCCGGAGUGACUUCAGUUUUGUUUCUGUUUGUGGUGAUUCCUGUCACACUCUGUCUGGUGAACAAAAAGUGCUUGACCAACAUGCCCCAGGGGAACAGUGGCCCACAAUGCUCUGUGAGCACAAUUGGAUUCCACAGCGGACCAGGUGGCUCUAAUGAAGAUAAGAGUAUCUAUAUGAACACAGUUGUGUGUGCUGAGCAGAAGGAUCGUGGUAAAGACUCUGAUGGUGAUAUGGAAGAAGUGUAUGCGAAUGUAGAGAAGAUUCACAACUGCUCAACUGCCAUAUUCAGUGAUGUUGAAGUGGAUGACAUCUACCAGAACUAUUACUGAGAUUGCUAUGUUUUGGAUUUCAUAGUGGCCUUGCAGAUCAAUCAAACCUUGGCAUGUGUGUCUUACAUAGUCUAUUGAAUAUAACAUUCUAAAAUAAUGCUUGCAUGACAUUCACAUCAUCAUAUUAUCACUGCUGGUCUUUGAAUAACAUGUUAGCUAUUAUGUUUUUGCUGUU